GUAUGUGACUGGUGUAAGCACAUAAGACACACAAAAGAGUAUCUGGAUUUUGGGGACGGGGAAAGAAGGCUUCAGUUCUGCAGUGCAAAAUGUCUCAAUCAGUACAAAAUGGACAUUUUCUACAAAGAGACACAGGCCAAUCUUCCAGCUGGACUGUGCAGUACAUUACAUCCUCCAGUCGAAAAUAAAGCAGAAGGCACUGGGGUGCAGCUGCUGACUCCAGAUUCUUGGAAUAUACCGCUAGCAGAUGCUCGGAGAAAAGCCGACACUGCCAACUGCUCUGUCACUAAAAUCCCCACACCAGUUCCCAAACCUAUUCCCAUCAGUGAGAAUCCAAAUAUUCCACCAGUUUCUGUCCAGCCACCUGCUAGCAUUGUGCCUCCAAUUGGUGUCCCACCUCGCAGUCCUCCCAUGGUAAUGACAAACCGUGGUCCAGUUCCUCUGCCCAUAUUCAUGGAGCAGCAAAUUAUGCAGCAAAUCCGUCCACCAUUUAUUCGCGGGCCGCCUCACCAUGCCUCAAAUCCUAACAGCCCUCUGUCAAAUCCAAUGAUUCCUGGAAUUGGUCCCCCACCAGGUGGCCCCAGAAAUAUGGGUCCCACCUCUAGCCCCAUGCACAGGCCAAUGCUUUCGCCUCAUAUCCAUCCCCCCACAACACCUACCAUGCCUGGGAAUCCUCCCGGCUUAUUGCCGCCUCCCCCUCCCGGAGCUCCUUUGCCCAGUCUUCCCUUUCCCCCUGUCAGCAUGAUGCCAAAUGGUCCUAUGCCUAUGCCCCAGAUGAUGAACUUUGGAUUACCAUCCCUUGCCCCGCUGGUGCCACCCCCGACUCUACUAGUGCCAUAUCCUGUUAUUGUCCCUUUGCCCGUCCCCAUCCCCAUUCCCAUUCCCAUCCCUCACAUCAAUGACUCCAAACCCCCAAAUGGCUUCUCCAGCAAUGGUGAAAGCUUCAUUCCGAGUACCUCCAGUGAAACGCCUGGGGGAAAGCCAAACAAUAGCUCUUCAUCCCCCCGAGAGUCAAAGCAAGGAUCAUCUAAAUCCUCUGACUCGUCACCAAGCUGCUCAGGCCAGUCCCUAAAUCAAGCUCAAGUGCUUCAGGAGCACAGUAAAAAUGAAGUUGUUGACUUGACUGUCAGACCUAGUAGUCCAGUGAACAGUAAAUUUGGUUUCCCCAGUGUGCUACAGGGUCCACAGGACGGUGUGAUAGACCUAACAGUAGGCCACCGAUCUAGGCUGCACAAUGUUAUCCACAGGGCUUUACAUGCCCAAGUGAAAGUUGAACGUGAACCUAACAGUGUUGUAAAUCUGGCUUUUGGUAGCUCAGACAAAAGGAACUGCAGUGACUGCAGGGACAACUGCAGCCCAGUUGACUCAAAAACGUUACCAUGCAGUGACGGAGCUCACUGCUGUCCCGUCUCCUUGCCCUCUGGCACGCCGGGACUGGAAGCUGGUGCAGCGGUGUGCAACGUCAUUGUGAAUGGCACGAAGAGCACGGAGGGUUCCAAGAACCCGGAGCCAUCCCAGGAGCUGAAAAAGCCCCAGCUGCCGGAGGAGCUGGCGGUGAGUGAGCUGGAGUCUGUUAAGGAGAACAACUGCGCAUCAAACUGCCACCUCGAGGGAGAUGCUGGCAAGAAGGCUGGGGAAGAGCCCCUUGCUGGGGGAGACAAACAGGACCCGAACCUUAACAAUCCAGCAGACGAGGACCAUGCAUAUGCUUUGCGGAUGCUGCCCAAGACAGGUUGUGUGAUCCAGCCUGUGCCAAAACCAGCAGAAAAGACUGCUAUCGCACCGUGCAUAAUCUCAACGCCAAUACUCAGCACAGGGCCAGAGGAUCUGGAGCCACCAUUGAAAAGGAGGUGUCUCCGAAUUCGAAAUCAGAAUAAGUAA